AUGGUUAUCCAGGAUUCGCUGGAAUCCAGAGACAACAACCUCGGCAACAACCUCGAGGGGGCCGGCAUGGAAGGGGUGGCGCAGCACGAGGGAGGCGUGCGGUCGACUGCGGCCGGGAGCGCCAGCAGAGGGCCCACGCGUGAGACUGACACCAUCGGGGCCAUGCUCGAGGAAGAGAUUGCGAUACAGGAGACCAAGGAGCAGUCCAGGCUAGCGGAAGAGGCUCGCCUGCGUCAACAAGUGGAGGAACAUGAACGUCUCGAAAGUGAAGAGGAGAUGCAGCAGCUCAAGGACGAUGAAGACAGGUGGGAGCGACAUAGGGCUGCACAGCUGCAGGAGCAAGAGGACAAGCUCAUGGCGGAGGCGCUGGCGGGGAAGUCCUUGAAGCGCAAGUUCACAGUCGUGACCUCCGUGCUUGGGAGGGACGGCAAGAUCCUCGGAACGAGCUCCCAGGAGGUCCAGGCUGCGGCGGGUGAGAACGUGAGGGUCCAGUUCGAGAUUCAGGAAAAUGAGGCCAUCCAGUCUGACCCGGAGCAGGACUCGGCAGAGCACGAGGUGGAGGUGGAUGCUUGUGACGAGGAGGUCUUGCAGCAGGCACAAGAGGAGUGGCCAGAACUUUCCUGGCACCCGCACGAGCGGCUGCGCAAAGCUUGGUUCCACCUGUGGAAGGUGGGAGUCCUCAGUGGGGCGCAGAUCGAGCGCAGGUGGGGGCUGGAAGUCCUAUGGGAGUUCGAAGCGGAAUUGGCGGAGGAGCUGGUGCGGCAGAGGGCUACGCAAGCCUCCCAAGACAUCCUGGCUUCUCAGAUGGAGAGACCGGGCUUGAGGGAGCUGGUGGUGGAGAAGCGGAUGGCGCUGCUGGAGAUUCUGGUGGCUCAGUGGCGGCUGACGAGGCGGCGCGUGUCCGUCAUCGAGGGCAUGUUUCUCUUGAAGAUCUGUUGCUGGUCGUUGAUUUUCGUAGCUUUUGGCUACCUUUUGGGGAGCACCAUGGGUUGGGUACAGAUGGCAGCCUGCUGGAAGGAGCUCUGGUUCGGGCGCGUUUGGGAGCUCCGGGAGCUCCUCCGUGUGCAGCACGAGGAAUACCUCGCGCGCGUGAAUCGACACAAGCCCGACCCUGGGCUUAGCGCAACUGAUAAGCAGGCCCUGGAUGCGCUCCUCCAGGACCCCAAAAAGAAAAGCCUCCUGACCAAGCUCUGCGCCUUGUGGAAAGGUGUGGUGGUCAGGAGACGAAACAGCCUGAGGGUGCUGAGUCAUUUGAAGUACUCGUACCUGCGGGGCACUGUGAUUUAUGCUCACGGCUCUGGGGGCUGCAGCUGGGAUAACUUCCGCAUUUGCCGUAUGAUGGCCCGGAUGGGCAUGUUGGUGAUCGCUCCGGAUGGGUUUGCCUAUCCGAAGAACACGGAUUUGGGCAAAAUGCGGCACAAGGAAGUGCAGCCUCUCAAGCGAGCAUCCGAUGAUGUGGACUACUGGGCAAAUGACUUGCUCUAUGCUUCAAACGCUGAUGGUUCGCACACCUACUCGACCCAAGCAUCGUCUGUGCUGGACAACCCGGACAAGUUCCGAGACCUUUACGAGAAAUGCUACCAGAUGCGCCGGCGCGAGCUUCACUGGACCAUCGAGAAGCUUCCCAGGUGGAUUCGAACGCAGGGAUUCUUCAUAGGCGGAACCUCUGAGGGUGCCAUGACGGUGUCGCGCUUCGAUGACCAACGCUAUGCGCACCAAGUGCUGGGCCGCUUUAUCAACUCCUUCAGUGUCGAGUACUGCUACUUCACACCGACGAUGAAGUGUGCGCAGAUCGGGGGCAACACCGACGUCCCCACGCUGAACAUCAUCGGCACCAAAGACGAGUAUUUCGGCGCAACAGAGAGU